AUAAUAAGCUGCAUACAUGUAGGAUACAUAAUAUAUGCUACAUCUAUCUAAACAUGGCACAGACAAUAUGCUCCCUCUUUUCAUUCUUCCUAAAUGCUAACCGCAGUCCGAGCUCAUUGUCCAGUGUGUUUCACUUGAACGAACUGGUCCAGCAAGUUAUUUCUGGGCUGGUGGUGUCUCAGAGCUCCAUAUAUCGUUCAGCCAGCGCACAGGUGCUACACGGACUGACACUGCGUCCGUGGAGACAGUCCGCCUUGUCUGUGUGUCGAUUCUUUUCUCACUCCCACUGAAAGUCCACGGGCUAACAGCUAUGAGGUGUUCCGUCGUGUUUCUGAUCUUUGUCUGCGGUGGCGGAUUUAUUGUGUGUAAACCCUCGUCUCCCUGUCCGAGUGGACAGUUUCUGCUGAAGAGCCAGUGUGUCCUCUGUCAUCCCACCUGCUCCGAGUGCGACGGUCACGAGCUCUUUGAAUGCACUACCUGUGGAGUUGACGAAGAUGGACAGGAACGUUUCCGCCACCAAGGUCGCUGUCGGACACACUGCCCCCGGGGACUCUACUCUGACAGGGGUCACUACGCCUGCCUGCCCUGCAUAGCCGAUUGUGAACUGUGCACUGACGGGAACAUAUGCGCUAAAUGUCGGGAAAACUUCAAGCUCCAGAAUGGAGUCUGCCAAACAGCGUCCUGUGACACGGGGCAGGUGGAGGACCCCGAUACGGGAGAGUGCAUUGACUGCGAGAAUGGCUGCAAAACAUGUUCUGUAGAAGACCCAGAGAUCUGCAACAGCUGUGUUGAAGGUUACUUCCUUUUCAGACACCAGUGUCGCAGGCAUUGUCCCCAGAGCACUUAUGAAGACAGGGGCCGGGGGGUGUGUCUUUCCUGCCCUUCACCAUGCACAGACUGCAUGAGUAACACACGCUGCCUUGCCUGCCAGACUGGUUACUUCCUCAAUGGUUUUGAGUGUUUCAAACAGUGUCCACAGCAAACCUACAGUGACUCCAGUGGGUGGCGCUGCCAGCUUUGCCACAGCUCAUGCCAGACAUGCCAUGGCCCUCGAUCAACAGACUGUGACCUUUGCCGUGGUGGAAACUCUCCCCUUCAUGGGCAGUGUCCUCUGGUGAACUGCCCAUUGGGACAGUAUUAUGACGGUCAUUAUGGUGAAUGUCACACAUGUAAUGCAUCCUGUAAGACCUGCUUUGGCCCACAAGCACUGGAUUGUUCAUCAUGUUUCAAAGGAUACUUCCUGGACCAGGACAGUUCCUGUGUAGUGCAGUGUCCGUCCGGCUCCUAUGCAAACUCGGCCACUCAGUUGUGUGAGGACUGCUCUCCAAACUGUGAGGCCUGUGUGGACACCAGCGACAACUGCAUAAGCUGUUCCAAAGGCAGCUACAAACUCUUUCUCCACCAGGGGCGCUGCUGGUCUAAUUGCCCCGAAGGUUUCUUCGAGGCACCAGAGGGCUCAUGUGAAGCCUGUGAUGCCUCCUGUCUGACAUGUGAUGGCAUCAAGUCCCAGUGUCUGUCCUGCGCUGAUGGUCACUACUUAGAGGGCGGCAUGUGCAGACUCAACUGUUCACUGCGGACAUACCCCGCCGAUGAUGGUACCUGCAGACGCUGUCAACCACACUGUGACGUUUGCACAGACGACAGGACCUGCUUCAAAUGCACUUUCCUCUACAUGAUGCUUAACGGUGUGUGUAAGGCUAGUUGUCCCAUGGGCUAUUACGAGGACAUGGAGGAAGGCCGCUGUGGUCAGUGCCACCCUACCUGUGGCAGCUGCUCAGGGCCCCUGCUGGACGACUGUGAAACCUGCUCAACAUUCAGCCCUAAACUCUACAAGGGUGCAUGCGCCAAAGACUGCCCCACUGGUACUUACUAUGAAACUGAAGCGCUGGAAUGUCAAGAAUGCCACCAGACGUGUAAGAGCUGCUUCGGCCCAGAAGCUAACCAGUGCACCCAGUGCGAGAAGGGACUUGUGCUGGAUCCAAACACAUUGUUGUGUGGCGUGACGGGUGACACGGACUGCCCAACAAGAACCUACCUACAUGAAGACCAGUUCACCUGCAUGGGCUGUCACCGACACUGUUACUCCUGUGAGGGGCCGGGCAGCGAUGAGUGCCAGACCUGUGCCACACCCCAGUACCUUCAUAACAGAACCUGUGUGAGUGAGUGUCCUGCUGGCACGUACAACACGAGGCAGGAGGCGGACGGCACAGAGCUGGGAUUCUGUUUACCUUGUGACCACGCCUGCUCCACCUGCACCGGAGCAUCGUCUAAAGAUUGCCUCACCUGUUCUCCGGGAUAUCUGCAUCUCCUUCAGCUCUGUGUCACACAUUGUCCCACUGGGUAUUACAGAGAGGGCUCGCGCUGUGAGAGAUGUGACCACUCCUGUGAGACGUGUACAGGACCGGGGCCUGAGUCAUGCAGGGCUUGUCCACUUCCUCUUCUGGAUCUACAAGGGACCAAGCUGUGUGUUGAGCGCUGUCCACAUCGCUUUUAUCUUCUUAAUGACAUGUGCAAACAAUGUCACACCAGUUGCCAGACAUGCACAGAUGCCUCGCCUCAGAGCUGCGUGACAUGCGACUGGGGUAGCACUCUAAAACACAAAGUCUGCUAUCCUAGGUGUGAGGAGGGGCGGUACUUUUCUCAAGAGGAAACCUGUGAGCCGUGUGACAGCUCGUGUAGGCAUUGCAAUGGCCCCAGACCUGACCAGUGUCUGACUUGUCAUCGAGAUUCUGCUCUGCAUGCUGUGGAAAACCGCUGCGCGCGCUGCUGUCGGGCCGAGGGGAACAGCACCGACUGCUGUGUUUGUGACAGCCGUUCAGCACUAUGUUUGGAGGCCCCCCAGCCCAAGUCUGGAGACGAUGAGGCAUCAGACCUAAAUAUGUCAUCCAGAGCUCUAAAGCACACCACGGCUGCUUUGCCUGUCGCCCUGCUGCUAGCACUGGGGUUAGCUCUGGCUGUGUUUGCUUUGGUGAAGGCCCAAGCGAAGAAAAGGUUCUGCUGGAGUCAGAGCUACGAGAGACUGAGUGGCAGCUCCAGCAUCAACAUGCCCCAUGGCGUGCCAGAGCCGGACAGCGGAGACGAGGUGGACGUGGUGUACACCAGCAGAAAUGGAUCAGUGUAUCGGCGCUACAGCUUUAUCCAUGAGCAGGAUGCCGAGGCAGACCGGGAUACUGAUGAUGAUGAUGAUGAUGAGGGAACUUGUCUUAAUUCAUCGUAGAUACAUCAUAACUAUCUUUGUUAUGUGGAUGCUUACAAUAUCAAGACUGCCAAGUGAAUUCAAAAUAAUUAAAUGUUUAGGAGGGAAUGUAGUGGUAUUUUACUUUUUGAAUUCUGGUGUUUAUUUUGUUCUACAAAGUGCCUGUUUCUUUACAAUGUACAUUUUUAGAUGAGGCAUAUGUGAAAAAAAAAGAGAAAUACAUUCAUAAGUGUAUAUAUAUAAGUAGCAUUAAUGACAUUUACUUUCUUUUUUUUUACUAGCUAUUAAAGAGAUAUUUGUUCAAAAGUGAUAUGUUAAUGUAAGAUAACUUAGAUCUGCAUUUGAUGUUGUAAAUAUAAAUGAUUAAAAUAAACACUUUUUCUAUCCGA